GUCAUCUUCUCGGCUUCUUCCAACUGUAUUAACGAGCUUUUAUGCAUAAAAAUAAAAGAUAUUGGAGGUUUUCAAUCAAGUUUUAAAGGUAAAGGAUGUUGCGUAUAGCUAAAGUUAAAGAGAGUUUUUAUGAAUUUUAGUCACAAUAUGAUACUAAAAUCAAUCAAUUCAAAUUAAUGCUGAUCGCAUGGAGAGAUAAAGAAGGGCAAUCCAUUUACAUUCCUUCUCGUUUCGUCUUUCUCCUUCCGCAUUUUCUUCAUGUGGUCAUCUUCAUUCUCUUCUCUUCUUUCAUCAUGAUAAGUCUCCCUUAAGGUACAACAUUUUGGUUUCCAUUGGAUUUAUGAAUUCUUUUUCGGGGUGGAAAUCGGAUUUAUGAUUUAAUUGUAAAUAUGAUGGUUUGGUGAUUGAAGAACUGCGACUAGCAUGAUGACUUUCCUUGAAAUAAUUGUUUCUCUUAAUUUAUUUCAUUUGAAUAUCUCUUUCUACUCCUCCUGAUUUUCUUCCUCUCUCAGCUCUCCCAUCUGAUUUUAAUUUUUUUCUUUUUUUUUUUUUCCAGAUCUAAAGCUUGAACCAGUAACCCACCCAGCCUGCCGGUUUUCCCGAUUCAGACCGGUUCUUGACUGAUUUGCUUCAUCAUGGUUUCAUGGCUUGCUCCGGACCGGACCAAAUGCCGGUUCAUGGCACUCAUAAGAAUGUGAAUGGCGAGACACGCUGCGGUGGGAAUCCGUUAAAACACAACGGUCCAAAUCGGGAGCUCGUUUCUUGCUCAGCAAGCCAUCGCCUCGAGGGGCCGAAUCAUCUCCAGGGGGGGCUCAUGGAUCUCAAAAAAGGAAUCGCCUUGAACACUCCCUCUGAACCCCCCACACCCACCACCCCUCGUUCCACUCUAUUCCUCUCCUCUUCCGCCAAGGCACUCCUUGUUUCCAACUCCAGUAAAUCCCUCCAGGCCUCCAAUUCCAGUAAAUCCAUUCUCUCCAAUUCCGGCAAGCGCUUCGACAAGAAGAAGUACGUCAAGCAGGUCACCGGCCGCCACAACGACACCGAACUUCACCUCGCCGCUCGGCGUGGUGACGCCGCAGCUAUUCGACACAUUCUCGGAGAAAUCGAUGCCCAGAUGAUCGGAACCCCUAGUGGGGCCGAUUUUGAUGCCGAGCUCGAGGAGAUUAGGUCCGCCAUUGUCAAUGAGGUCAACGAGUUGGGGGAGACAGCUCUGUUCGUGGCAUCCGAGCUGGGGCAUAUUGACGUGGUGAAGGAGCUUCUACCCCACGCCACCAAGGAUGCCCUUUCCUUGAAAAAUCAAUCCGGCUUCGAUGCCUUGCAUAUUGCUGCUAGCCAAGGUCACCUAGCCAUUAUACAAGUGUUACUAGACCAUGAUCCAGAGCUAAUAAAUACAUUUGGACAAUCAAAUUCAACUCCUCUCAUAUCAGCAUCUACAAAAGGGCAUGCGGAUGUUGUUAAUCUAUUAUUAUCACGAGAUCCUAGGCAGGUGGAGUUAUCUAGGUCCAAUGGAAAGAAUGCCCUCCAUUUUGCUGCUCGUCAGGGACAUGCUUUUAUAGUAAAAUCACUACUCGAAAAAGAUCCACAACUUACUCGAAGGAUUGAUAAGAAAGGGCAGACUGCGUUGCAUAUGGCUGUAAAGGGGGUUAGUUGUGAAGUAGUGAGGUUGCUUCUUAAUGCAGAUCCAUCAACUGUUGCGCUACCUGACAAGUUUAACAAUACUGCAUUACAUAUUGCCACCAGGAAAAAGAGGGCAGAGAUAGUGAGUGAGCUAUUGCUUCAUCCCGAAACCAAUGUUAAUGCCCUAACAAGAGACCAUAAAACAUCUCUUGACAUUGCUGAAGGACUCCCCCCAUCUGAAGAAAUCCUAGAGAUAAGAGAUUGUCUGAUUCGUAGCGGCGGAGUUAAAGCCAAUGAUCUUAACCAACCAAGGGAUGAACUAAGGAGGACUGUGACACAGAUUAGGAAGGAGGUCCACAUUCAGCUUGAACAAACUCGGAAAACAAACAAGAAUGUGGAUGGGAUUGCCAAGGAGCUACGCAAGCUGCACAGGGCGGGGAUCAACAAUGCUACCAACUCAGUUACAGUGGUGGCUUCACUCUUUGCAACAGUUGCAUUUUCUGCAAUUUUUGCUGUUCCUGGUGGGGAUUUUGAUAGUGGGAUGGCCGUUAUGGUGUCCACUCCAUCUUUUAAGAUCUUCUUUAUUUCUAAUGCAGUUGCACUCUUUACGUCAUUGGCUGUUGUCGUGGUUCAAAUUACAGUUGUUAGAGGGGAGACAAAGUCUGAAAGGAGGGUUGUGAGAGUGAUUAACAAGCUGAUGUGGUUGGCCUCUAUUUGUACCACAAUUGCAUUCAUUUCAUCAUCUUAUAUAGUAAUUGGUCGACGAAACAUAUGGGCUGCGAUCCUUGUUACUGUGAUAGGGGGAGUUGUGAUGGCGGGUGUUCUUGGUGCUAUGACAUACUUUGUGCUUAAAUACAAACGUAUUCGGAGGGUGAGAAAGAAAGCCAAAUUCUCCAAGAAACAUCUAGGGCAUCAUUCAGAUUCAGAUUCAGAAAUAAAUCCGAUUUAUGCCAUUUGAUGUCAUUUUGGACUUCAAACUGCACUCUAAAUUUUCUACGCAGCAUCUUUGCAGUCACUCGGCUGACUAUACUGGACGUUUCAUAUCUUGAUAAAGCAACAUGGUGGCCCUUGGGGAAAUGAAAAGCUUUUUUUCGUGUUACAAGGGGCAUAACUUAAGAGAGCCAAAUUAUUGGCUAGUUACUACGUACGGAUCUUAAAAAUGAAGGAAAUCAAAUCAAUGAUCAAGUUUCUCGUGUGUAUGUAUGCUUAAAUGUUUGUGUAUUUAGAUAUUAUUAUAGAUUAUGACCUGCAAUCCCCUUAUAGCAUACCUUUUCUCAUGAUUUUACAUCUUAAAAGCAAGAGACAGUUUGUUUCCGACAAUUUGUUAAGCAGAUCUUACUGAUCUUGUUGCGUGUGAUAUAGAUAGGGAUUUGUUUGUUUCCCCCCCUCCUCUACUCUCCUUCACAAGGAGGAAAGGUUUUUCAUUUUCUAACACUUCUCGUAUUUGACAUUUGUGGAUGAUAAUGGAUUGCCGAGGUCGAGGGGUCUUGUUCAUUAUAAUCUCUCACAGUUAACUCACAGGGUUUAUGAUGUGUGACAAGGAACAUGUUGAUUGAAUUGAAGUUCCCUAUGUAGGGUGUUAUUCUAAACGUGAAACAUGGUCCCAUGCCUGUUUCUUCAGCACCUUCAAGGUGGAAUCUCCCCCGACGUUUGGCACGUUCCGUGAAUUUUGAGAUUAUGCAAGGGAUGCCAUAUUUAUCAACAGUUAGUAGACUGAUGUUCAAGCUUAGCUGUGAAUUUAAUGUAA